AAUCCCUGGAACGAAACUUUCUCUUUCUCUCUCAACAUUCACCUCUGAGCUCCUUUCUCUCUCUUUAUCUCUUCUGUUCUGUACUUUCCUCUUCCGCCAUUUCACACUAGCACACACAUCACGAAGAACCAACACGACCCAUUUGCUUGCUAGACCUGUCUUUCAUUCUUUCCUUCUCUCUCUCUCUCUCUAUAGCUAAAUGGCUGAAUCUCGCCGGAGAAGAUGAAGGUAUCCGGCAAGUCCCACCUAGCGGCAGCAUUCCCGGCUACCCUUUCAACCAAGGGUAUAAACCCACGAACGGAUUCGGAUCUUCAGCCCAAACCCAGUACCCGAAAACCCGCCAGGAGAAAGCCACGUACGCCUGGCUUCGGUAGGGUCAAGAUAACCGGAGCUUCGAAUGGGAGGCGGAGCCGGCCGGAGACGCCCUUAUUGAAGUGGAAGAUCGAUGAUGUUGUGGAGAGAGUGAAGGAUGAGAGUGAGGCUCUAGAGGAGGACGAGAAGGUUGAGGAUGGUCGGAGACAUGGCCGGAAAGGUAGGAGGGAAAGGGAAGCGGCGGUCUCGGCGAGGAAGCUCGCCGCUGGACUUUGGCGGCUGCAGUUGCCGGAGGUGACUUCGUCCGGUGGCAAAAGGAGGGGUCAGCUAGGGUUUCAGCCGCCCGGAGUUGGCCAUGUUGGGUUAUCUUUUGUCCACCCUCGCAGUAACAAGGCACAUGGUUCUGAAGCAAAGGAGUACCUACAGAGCCCCAGUUCUUCUUCGAGGAAUGGAAUGUUUUGCAAGCUUCAGCCUUCUUUUCAGUUUCCCAACACUGCCAUGGAAGGAGCAACAAAGUGGGAUCCUGUGUGCUUAAAAACAUCUGAUGAAGCGCUCCAGAUUUACCGACAAAUGAAGCUGCUUGAUCAACAAGUUAGUGCUGUAUCUGUGAUGUCUGCACUUGAGGCUGAACUAGAGCAGGCUCAUGCUCGCAUUCAGGAGCUUGAGACCGAACGACGAUCCUCAAAAAAGAAACUCGAGCACUUCUUAAGGAAGGUUAGUGAGGAAAAGGCCUCAUGGCGGAGCAGAGAGCAUGACAAAAUUCGUGCAUUUAUUGAUGACCUGAAAGCAGAGUUAAAUCGAGAAAGGAAGAAUCGCCAAAGAAUUGAAAUUUUAAAUUCUAAAUUGGUCAAUGAGCUCGCUGAUGCCAAGUUGUCAGCAAAGCGUUUUCUACAGGAUUAUGAUAAAGAAAGAAAGGCCAGAGAAUUAAUUGAGGAAGUAUGUGAUGAGCUUGCCAAGGAAAUUGGAGAAGACAAAGCUGAAGUUGAAGCAUUGAAGAGAGAGUCCAUGAAGCUCAGAGAGGAAGUUGAAGAAGAAAGGAAGAUGCUGCAGAUGGCUGAGGUCUGGCGUGAAGAACGUGUUCAAAUGAAGCUCGUUGAUGCAAAGGUUGCAGUUGAAGAGAAGUAUUCUUAUAUGAACAAACUUGUAGCAGAUCUGGAGAAAUUUUUUGAGUUAAGAAGUACAACCCCAGAUGUGAAGGAGAUGAAAGAAGCAGAGUUGCUUCGACAGGCUGCUGCUUCUGUAAAUAUUCAAGAAAUCAAGGAUUUUUCGUAUGAGCCUCCCAACCCUGAUGAUAUCUUUUCUGUUUUUGAAGAAGUUAAUUUUGGUGAAUCAAAUGAAAGGGAGAUUGAACCAUGUGUUGCUUACAGUCCUGUAAGCCAUGCCUCUAGAAUUCAUACUGUUAGUCCUGAAGUUAAUGGGAUUAGUAAGAACUGUAUUAAAGGACAUCUUAUGGUGCUUGCUGAUCAUAAUGGUGAUAUAGAAGAAGAUGAAAGUGGAUGGGAAACUGUAAGCCAUGCUGAGGACCAGGGCUCGAGCUAUUCACCAGACGGAAGUGGAAGUGCCCCAUCUGUCAACAAGAAUCUUCGAGAUAGUAAUGUUUCAGGGAGUGUAACAGAAUGGGAAGACAAUGUUGGUAAUGAAACACCAAUCACUGAGAUCAGUGAAGUCUGUUCAGUACCUACAAAGCAAUUUAGGAAAGGAUCCUCGAUAACAAGGCUUUGGAGAUCUGUCUCAAACAAUGGAGAAAAUUACAAGAUAAUCUCGGUAGAGGGAAUAAAUGGCCGACUUCCAAAUGGAAGGCUGUCUAAUGCAGGUACCAUGUCUCCAGAUAGAGGCUCAGGGAAAGGGGGGUUUAGCCCUUCGGAUUUGCCAGGGCAAUGGAGCUCUCCUGACUCUGGGAAUUCUCACAUUCGAGGAAUGAAAGGAUGUAUUCCUCGCAGCGUACAGAAGCACAGUUUAAAGGCAAAGCUUUUAGAGGCAAGAAUGGAAAGUCAAAAACUCCAGUUGCGUCAUGUUCUCAAACAAAAGAUCUAGUACUAAGCUGGCACAGCUUGAUCAUGAAAAUUACCAACAUAAACAGGAGGAAAAUAUGUUGUUUCAUUUCUGGCUGUGGGAGUGGUUCUUCCAAAUGAAUCUGCUAACCGGUGAUCAUCAUUGGGUUCAGGAGCCUUGAGCCUAGGAAUAAAACCCAACACACAAUUGGCCCCCUACACUUGCUUCUUUCUCUCCAGUUUUCCCGCAACUGAUUGUGUGUGCUGAUAUUCUAUUUCUUUUUGUUAAGACCUAACGAGCUGGAGAAUAAUAGUGCUCUGUAGAAUGGCCAGGUAGUCUUCUUCCAUUAGCAAGAAGGUUCAUUAUUUUCUCGGAAAAGCAAGUCAUUAUUUGUUGUAUCAUUAAAUUGUCAAGUCUUCAGGACACUAUCGCUACUGAGGAAAGGAAAUUCAUGGUGAAGACUAAAAUUGAUAACAUUCUCUUCUCUGUAAUCUGUACUAUUAUUACGAGGGAUUCUUGCAGUUUCUUAUAGAAUAUGGAAGAUGAAAAACUAAUGCUGGCCUGCUGUAAUUCUUGAGCAUAAUAAUCAGGCAAAAACCAUGCAAAUUAUGUUAA